CUCUGAAAGUUUUUCUGCGACUUACAUAGUAGAUCUGCAAAACACGUUUAACAAACUUUACAGUAUCUGGUUUGUUAUUAAUGUUGCUGUUUGUUGUCAUCUGCAUUUACAGAUAUAUCAGAUAAUUUAAAUAUUGUAUAACAAACUGCAAGUAAAACUAAUGACAAAUGUAAUUACGAAGAAAGGCGUAUUACGUGGCUCUUGUAAUGUCGCCCUUUUUAACUGUCUCUUUGCCUAAGGAGUUGUGGGAAUAAAAUUUAAAUGUGUCUCUGGAUACAGCCAAACAUUGUUAAAGCAUGGCGAGUGUAGAUAUGAGUCUUGACGAUAUCAUUCAAAAGAAAAUAGUGAAAACCCCUUAUGGGCGCGCAAGGCUGAAAAGAAACCAGCAGAAAAAUGAAUCUUCGCGAAAUGUGAAAAGAAAUAAUGCGCCUCGUAAGAGAGGGGGCAUAACAAAAAUCAGCGAUGCUCGGUUGAAAAUCAUACAAAAUAAACGACAGAAGUUGACAGAUGCCCGAGAUAAGUUGGCGGAAAUUGCGAAGAAGAGUGAUGCUAGAGAGAAACUGGAGAAACUUCGACUAAAACGGAUGAAAGGCAGACCAGGCUCUCAAGUUAAUGCCAACAUUACAAGAAGAACAAAUCGCAAUGGGCAGGUAACGUUGAGCACAAACAAAAAUAGAGAAAGCUGGCCAAGAAAUAAAGACAACAUACUUCCAAAUUCCAGAGGUUUUAGAAGUUCUGCACCAGCUCUUAUGGAUAUGGAUAUAGAUUUCAAUGAUGAACAUGAUCUGCUGCCACCAGUUAUUAGACGCACAGUAAACAAUGAAACUUCGUUUCGUGGUCAUGGAAUUCAUGACAGCACCUUUUCUUGGGGUCGAGAUUGCCCACCGUCGCCAAGUUCUCUUCUGAGUGAACGUCGUCCAUUACUUCCCAGUCGUCAUACAUCUACACCUGACUCUUCGAGUCUUGAAGCGAUAGUAAGGAGUAGUGCAGCUCGAUCACACAAGAAUCAUGGAUCGUUACUGCUUUCUGAACGAGAGGAAUGGAAACGGGACAACAGCUUACUGAGACCAAGUAGCCUAAGAUUGCGAUCAGGACUUGAUGAUUCAGAAGAGGAGGGUCCAUGGGCGCAUAGAAUGAGUUCAGAACUGAAGGCACGACUUGAUACACCCAGCAGUGUUCACCACACACCAUCCUCUUCUCAAGGACAUCGAAUUGUAGUUUCCAAUCUGCAGCCAAGUGUGACCCAGGAAGAUAUAAGGGAAUUGUUUGAAGACAUUGGAACAUUAGUUGUAUCACGUUUGGUGCGGCCAGGCACUGCGGAAGUUGUGUAUGCUAGACUUGAGGAUGCAUUACGUGCAGUUGACGUUUAUCAUAAUCGACAACUUGAUGGGCAGCCAAUGAAGUGCAUGUUGGUGAAUUCUCGACCUCCUGUCUUACAAAGUGGCAGUCGAAGUUCUUCCACUGGUUUACGGUCAACUUCCGAUGCAGCAAUAAAAUUGCCAACAGGCACGAAGUCAUCAGUUGCUCCUGAUAUUGGAACAAUCCACAAGGCCCUGUUCAACAAAUCCUAAUUUUCUGGCAGUUCUGUCUAAUGGCAUAAAACCAUAUGGACAUAAUUUGUUUAAAGUUGUGUUUUGACAUUAGCAAACAGUGUGUGUAGGCACAUUGUACAAUAUGCAUGAUUUUGUUGACGUGUAUACUUACAAAAAGCAGAUGUAAAGGAAGCAGGGACACAUCCUGUAUGUUCUGGUUAAAAUACUGUCGUUUAUAUUGCUGUGCAACUUUUGAAGUGCUGUUGUUUUUUGCCUGCCGCCAAAGAAAGCUCCACUGCUCCUUUAUUAUUGGUAGCAUUUCGUGUUUCACCUGACAAGAGUGAAUGUACACGAUUUUUAGCAAUGUGUCUGUUGAAUGCGAACAUUAAAAGCUCUUUCACAACAGUACUGUUAUAACUUAAAAAAUUUAAAGCAAUAUCUAUUUUUAAUAAUGCAGAGCAUAGACAGUAGAAUCACCCUUGGCAGAUGAUUGUAGUUGGCAGUUAAUGCAAGUAUGCAGCAUAUGUUAAAAUAUAGAACUUAAUCCUUCAGAACAAGAAGCUUGUUUGACAGGAGUAACUGAAGAGAGCAGUGAAGUGUGAACACGAUGAAGACCUGCUUGGGGUGCAUCAUAUUUAUCGAUUACAUAAAUUUGUUUCCCUACCUGUCUAUCCUGAACAAAUUUUUUUUUGUGUGAAGUUGUUACAUUAUUUAACAAUACAUUGAGUGUUUCCUCUGGGAUGAUAAAAAUAGCGAUCAGGGCUAGACCUGAUUUCUCAUGCUGUUACUUUUAAGUUUUUGUUUUGAUUUUGUAAGAGUUGCCUUUUCUAAAUAUGUGUAACACGUGAGAGUUGGCCAACUGAUAUGAUAUUGAGAAGACAAGUGAUUUCUGCGGUCUGUGAGGAUAUCAUACUGGGAAACAAAUGUAUAUUCAUUGCUAUUAAAACGCCUUUGUCACAUUA